UUUAUUAAAAGUGAUUUUCCUGGAGCUGAGAGAGGACAACACGUUUAUUUUCGUUUUGAAGAUAUUGAUGGAUGUAUUGAGCUAAAGUUUGAUACUCCACAAGAGAAGGAUAUUACUGGUUGGACUAUUGACCCUCACAUUAAACCAUGCAGAUUACAUUGUUGUGAUGUUAACAGAUUUGGUGAAACUAAUUAUCCUCUUCCUCCAUCUUGCUUUAUAUCCGUUCUUGCUUCACCUAAUGCUGUCCCUACACUACAUUACUCCAUACCUCUGGAAGGUGUGGCUGAUCCUGUUUCACUAUACAUUCAUAGAUCACUACAGAGAAAUUCUCCUUCUUCAACAGAUCCUACUACCUCUUCCUCCUCUCCUAAUCCAAUUACUGAAGCUACUGCAUUAUCAAAUGGAGGAGCUAGUGCACCAGCAACUGUUCAUGUUGAGAGAGUUAAGAGAAUCAUUAAUGAUGUUCUUGUGUCACGUGAUGCUGCACUCAAUUCUCUUACAUCAUCUCUCUCAGAUCUUGCCAGUCAGUUAUUUUCAGUUGGUCUCAUUACUGAUCAAGUUAAAAGAACUUGCUCAAUGGAAAGUUUUAUUACAGAGUUCAAGGCUAGUCUUAGCUUUAAGAGGAAGUUGCCUCAAGUGGAGGAGCACUGUCAAAAGUUCUUAAGCUCAUUCAUUGCUGUAAGAGGCAGUUAUGCUGAUGCAGCAAUAGCUUUAGGUGAGGACUGGAUUGAAGCUAUUAGAAAUGAACUGGGAUUUGAUUUUAAUAUUGAAUGUGAAGCAUAAACUUUUUGUUUAUAUUCCUUAAAAAUCUAGUUAUUAUAUUUUUGUUUAAAAUUCAGUUGUUGAUUGGCCAAAUUAUGGCCAAUCAGAUGCAUAAUGUA